UAGAACAGUCUAGAACUCCAAAAUCGCAAAGGCCAAAAAUCAUAAUUGGAAAUAAUUGAGAAAAUUCUAGAGCAUUCUCCAGUAUUCCCAAUCCAACUAGGAUCAAGAUUUCAUCUGAACCGUCAAAAAAGUCUAUAUAUACACGCCCCCUUUUGAAUCUUGAUAACAAUCUUCUUGGAAAAAUAAUAGAAUCUUGAAAAAAAUUAGGAAGAAAAGAUGUUUGGAAGAGGAGGUAAAAAGCAGAGUGAUAAUACAAGGUAUUAUGAAAUAUUGGGUGUUUCAAAGAAUGCAAAAGAAGAUGAAAUCAAGAAAGCUUAUAGAAAAGCUGCUAUGAAAAAUCACCCUGAUAAGGGUGGUGAUCCUGAAAAGUUUAAGGAGCUAGCUCAAGCUUAUGAGGUUUUGAGUGACUCACAGAAGCGUGAAAUUUACGAUCAAUAUGGAGAAGAUGCACUGAAAGAAGGAAUGGGUGGUGGUGGUGGCAUGCACGAUCCAUUCGAUAUCUUUGAAUCCUUCUUUGGUGGAAAUCCAUUUGGAGGUGGUGGUAGUGGUAGGGGGCGAAGACAGAGGAGAGGUGAAGAUGUUGUGCAUCCAUUGAAGGUCUCUCUUGAGGACCUUUACAGUGGGAUAACCAAGAAACUCUCCCUUUCACGCAAUGUCAUUUGCUCCAAGUGUAGCGGCAAGGGGUCAAAGUCUGGCGCUUCAACUAAGUGUUCUGGUUGUAAAGGUACUGGUAUGAAGGUUUCAAUCAGGCAACUUGGUCCUGGAAUGAUUCAGCAAAUGCAACAUCCUUGUAAUGAAUGCAAGGGCACCGGAGAGACGAUAGAUGAUAAGGACCGUUGCCCUCAAUGCAAAGGUGAAAAGGUAGUCCCGGAAAAGAAAGUCCUUGAAGUUCAUGUUGAAAAAGGAAUGCAAAAUGGACAGAAAAUUACAUUCCCCGGAGAGGCUGAUGAAGCGCCUGAUACAGUUACUGGAGAUAUAGUUUUUGUGCUCCAGCAGAAAGAACAUCCGAGGUUCAAGCGUAAGGGUGAAGAUUUGUUUGUAGAUCACACAUUGAGCCUAACUGAAGCAUUGUGUGGUUUCCACUUCAUAUUGACACACUUGGAUGGCAGACAACUCCUCAUAAAAUCAAAUCCUGGAGAAGUUGUUAAACCUGAUCAAUUCAAGGCGAUUAACGAUGAAGGAAUGCCGGUGUACCAAAGACCAUUCAUGAAGGGUAAAUUGUAUAUUCAUUUCAUCGUUGAAUUCCCCGAUUCAUUGAGCCCGGAACAAGUGCAGGCUCUAGAGGCAAUCUUACCAGCAAGACCUAAGUCACAGUACUCGGACAUGGAGCUGGAUGAAUGUGAAGAAACUACAUUACAUGAUGUGAAUAUGGAGGAGGAAAUGAGAAGGAAACAAGCUGCACAACAGGAAGCAUAUGAUGAGGAUGAAGAGAUGCCUGGUGGUGGAGCACAGAGAGUACAAUGUGCACAACAGUAAACAUCAAAGAGGUUUUGGUGCAGUAGCAGGAUCAGAUAAUGGGGAGGGCAAGAAGUAUCCAUCUUGAAUUUGCUUCUAGUUUGGUUUUUACUACUACCAUUCUUGUUGUUUUGGUAAUGCCAUGUACUGGGAAGUCAAAACAGCUGCUUAAUCUAGUGAAACAGUAAUAUAAUUUUCUUUUCCCCAUCA